AACUCAAAUUGCAAUAAAUCUGGGAGGCUUUAUCAGCGCAGUCAAAGCUGUGCUAUUCCAUCGUCAUUUGCUAAACAGGGAAAUGAGACAAAUUUACUUCCUGACCGCCCUCGAGAGCGUUUAAUAUACCCUCCUGACUCAAGCCAGUACGGCCCACCCAACAUCCGUAAAUUUGCCUUGGAUUUUCACAGUGAAGUUGAUGAGGUCGCAGGAGCCACAUAUGGUACAGGCGGGGCUCUGCUCGAGACUAUCAGACGAGUCGUGCGUAAUUUCAGGGGGCUGAGAUAUUUGCGUCUGAUGGAUCUAUUUUUAGAUCCUUCAGAUGCCCGUAGACUUACCAUAGAUUUAGCAGAGGUAGCUGGUUUGAGCUUAGAGAGCCUUAGUCUUGUUCACUUAUGUAAAGUGAGCCUGCCGCGUCAACGGAGACUUGUUACCGACCAUGGAAGUAAUUUGCAAUCCAAUCUCUUGGGCCAUCGCACUUCAUCAUCGAUAACCUAUCCUGAAGCUAAGGUUUCUCGGGAUUGGUAUCUAUCAGACGUAAGGUGGCUGGAAGCAAGACCAAAUCUCCUUCAUGGAAAUCCACUAGCGGAUAUAGCCUUUCUAUUUCCCAAUCUUACUUCUAUAGAAUUGGCUCCCACGCAGCUGACGCAGGGGAUGUUGCUGCGUCUUCUUUAUAAUACCGCUCUCGUGAAUCUAGCCCUCACAAGGGUUAGUACGGGAUUUUAUUUCCUACUGUGCACUUUAUAA